CACUGAGGAAUAAUUCCUAACGUAUGAACUGUCUCGGAGUGCUGUUUAAUCUGUAAUCGAUCAGGGGAUAAACGUGGCCAGGCAAAUGAUAAUCAUUCUGUACGAAAAUAGUUUCAUGUUAGCUACUCCAUGUCAAACAUAGGCUACAUAAAUCCCCAGUUUAUGCACAGAAAUGAAGAGUAGGGACUUUAUUUAUUUUUAAAGGGUUAUUCGACUCAGAGUUUUAGGAGUUCCAUAUAAUACAACACAUUUCGGCCUUUUAAUGUGCCCGUAAAUACGUUUUAAAUCAAAACGGUCUCAACUGUUUCUUUUGGGAAUUGGGAAAUUUCUUCGUCUGCGUAAAACCUGCGUCAUCGGUGCAGUGGUGUUUUCUUGGACAUGUCUUCUGUGUUUAUUCACGAGGGAAUUUGGAAAUCAUAGAAACGGCGAAAGCGGUCAAAAACAUCCACUAACGCACUGGUUGUGACAAUAUCGUGCCGCGUCCUUCUACGUCCGGCGCGUAAAAGUGAACCAUGCUUUUUGGACAUCCCCGGCAAGCUUCAGACACUUUGUCAGAAAAAAAGUGAGACGGCGAGUCAGAGUGAAUAAGGAAAGAAGGAGAAUGUGGGAGGGUGGGAGAGCCCUCCCCCCGUCAAAUGUCUCGAUGGGAUCCUCUCCUUCAUAACCCAACUCGUCUCAAGUCUCGCGCAGAUGACCAAAGUGUCCCAACCGGGCGGUGAAUGUGCUCCAAUAGCCACAGGAUGACAAGAUGAUAGCAGAUUAGAUUUUAAACCAUUCAUCCGCAUAUCAUUUGAGAAAAAAAAAAAAAAAAAAAAAAUUCUAAGUCAGAGUAGCCACAUAUCCUGAGGCCAGAAAGCACUUGGCUACAUGUGAAUGUCUGUUGGUCUCCCAGCGCACUGCGCUGAUGAUGCCAUGCCGCGAAGUCACACCGGCGAGGAGAGCGGCAGCACCGGGCUCUGGAUGAAGACCUCAACUGGACGCCGGGGGCAGGACUACACGCUGAAAGAUGUGGAGUCUGGUCGGAGGACGAUGAACAACACGGUACGACCCGGGGACGGUCUCCUGUCUCCCGCUUCGGCAGGUGCGGUGGGAGCGGAGAGGAAGCAGGGCGCCCGGCUCAGCCUGCUGGGGAAGCCGCUGACCUACAGCGCGCAGAGUGGCCGCAGGAACGCACGCUACAGGCGACUCCAGAAUUACCUCUACAACGUGCUGGAGAGACCGAGGGAAUGGGCUUUCAUCUACCACGCCUUUGUGUUCAUCCUGGUGUUUGGAUGUCUGGUUCUCUCUGUGUAUUCCACCAUCCCAGCUCACCAGGAGUUCUCCUCUCACUGCCUGCUCAUCCUGGAGUUUGUGAUGAUCGUUGUGUUUGGUCUGGAGUACAUCAUCAGGAUAUGGAGCGCUGGCUGCUGCUGCCGCUACCGAGGCUGGCAGGGACGCCUCCGCUUUGCCAGGAAGCCGUUCUGUGUCAUAGACAUCAUUGUGCUCAUCGCCUCGGUUGCUGUGGUUUCAGCCGGUAGUCAGGGUAACAUCUUCGCCACGUCUGCGCUGCGUAGCCUUCGUUUCCUUCAGAUCCUGCGUAUGGUGCGUAUGGACCGCAGGGGAGGGACCUGGAAGCUGCUGGGAUCUGUAGUUUAUGCACACAGUAAGGAGCUGGUGACGGCCUGGUACAUCGGGUUCCUGGUGCUAAUCUUCUCCUCCUUUCUGGUCUAUCUGGUGGAGAAAGAAUUCAACAAGGAGUUUGCCACCUAUGCUGACGCUCUGUGGUGGGGCACGAUAACUCUCACCACCAUUGGCUAUGGGGAUAAAACUCCACAGACGUGGACUGGGAGAUUAUUAUCGGCUGGUUUUGCUCUGCUGGGGAUCUCCUUCUUCGCACUACCAGCUGGCAUCCUUGGGUCAGGUUUUGCCCUGAAGGUGCAGGAGCAGCAUCGGCAGAAGCACUUUGAAAAGAGGAGGAAUCCAGCUGCCAGCCUCAUCCAGUGUGUCUGGCGUAGUUAUACUGCUGAUGAGAACUCGGUUUCCAUUGCUACCUGGAAGCCUCAUUUGAAGGCGUUGCAUACCUGCAGCCCCGCAAAGAAAGAACAGGGAGAGACUACUUACAGUAAGGGUCUAAGUAAUGGGAGGUUCUUCAGAAGGUAUACUCGGAAAUAUAGGAGUCAGAAGUUAAGUUUUAAGGAUCGAGUACGGAUGGCUAGUCCUCGUGGUCAGAGCAUGAAGAGCAGACAGACUUCCAUCAAUGACCGCCAACGCUGUUCCCCCGGCAACGAGGUGGGGGGCAGUGCCGAGCUGAUGGGUGGCAGCCCGGCCAAAGUGCAGAAGAGCUGGAGCUUCAAUGAUCGGACCCGAUUUAGGCCAUCGCUGAGGCUGAAGAGCCAGUCUCGCACUGCUGUUCCAGAUGUGGAUGCUGGCAUGACCACAGAGGAUUCCUUUGAUGAGAGAGGCUGCCAUUGUGAUGUCACAGUAGAGGAUCUGUCUGCACCGCUCAAGUCUGUCAUCAGGGCUGUCAGGAUCAUGAAGUUCCACGUUGCCAAAAAGAAGUUUAAGGAGACAUUGCGUCCGUAUGAUGUGAAGGACGUUAUAGAGCAGUACUCUGCAGGACACCUGGACAUGCUCUGUCGCAUCAAAAGCCUUCAGACCAGACUUGACACUGUAGUGGGUCCCCCUCCAAGACCCUUCAGCAGCCCCAACAAGACCUUUUCCUCUCCUUCCCUGCAUUUAUAUUACAGCCAGGCCAGGAGGAAACAGUCUUCACUGGGACUGGCCAGUGCAGCGAGCUCUGGUCCCAGCCUGAGUAGCCGAUCCAGGAACAUGUCCUCUCCUGCCCUGCACUAUUAUUGCAGCAACAACAAGAAGAAGCUCUCUGGCUCAGGGGUGGAUCAGAUUCUGGGAAAAGGCCAGAUUCCGUUGGAUAAGAAAAUAAGGGACAAGCUGCACCCAGAUGGAGAUUCCUUGGAGGGGAUGAGCAUGCUGGGCCGUGUGUGUAAAGUGGAGAGACAAGUAACUUCCAUUGAAUCAAAGUUGGACUCUUUGCUGGAUGUUUACCGCCAAGUCCUCCAGAAAGGCCCAUCAGCACUGACCCUCUCCUCCCUGCCUCUGUUUGAGCUGGACAAUCACCAGCGCCAUACCUCCGACUACCAGACCUCCGUCAUUGGCAGGGAUCUCCCCUCUCCACAUGAGGGAGAUCCGGUCAGAGCGGGAGGCGACAACAACAGGGGACCAAGUCGCUCUCUUAGCGGCAACCCGAGAGGCCUGCGGCUAAUCCUGCCGCCCGCCGAUGACGAAGGCCCCCCAGACUCAGCACCUCCAUCUUACCCCCCGUCCACAGCCUCACUCUCCCCCUCGCCCCUUCUGCCUCCAGAUAGCCCCUACCCAACCGUAGUCACCCCUAAUGGGACCUCCAAGAGACCACACUUCCCUGACCUGCCGCCCCCUCCCUCAACCGGGGGUUUCACCCUCCGGCUGCCCCCCGUCAUGCACCCCUCCUACCUUGGAUGCCAUGCUGACCCAGUCCCAGAUGAAAUGGGGGAUGAGGUGGUCGUGGAUGAGGGGGGUCUUGGCCCUUCUCUUGUUGUUGAAUCUAGUGCGGAUGCUGACCAGGUUAGGGACUGUGAGGCAGGCUCAGUGACGCUGCGGGAGAAGUCAGACUUGAAAGCUGAGGGGGUCUGGAGGAGGCACAUGAGCCUAGAGGUCAACCCCAUGCUGCUGCUCUCAUCUAGCCCAGAUGGGACACCUUCAGACUGGGGGAGCGGUUUGGGGAAAACUCUCUCCGUUCAAAAUCUCAGCCAGCCUUUGACCAACCGUGCCCCUGCACUGUCCUCAGCGCUCAACAACAGCAGCAGCAACGGUAGCGAGGAUGGAAAUAACCACGGGGACAUAAGCAACUGGGAUGGAGCAGAACUUUUCAUCAGUGAGUGCAAACUAGAGCCAGAGGAAGAACUUUUCAACUUUCAGUCCCAGGGGCCCUGCAGCAGCUCCGCAGAACGUUUACAGACUGUAGAAGAGGUGGCACCCCGACCCAAAGGAAACACAGAUUUUCUCAGUCAAUCACCACACAUACAGUUGGCAUAACCACACACACACACACACACACACACACACACACACACACACACACACACACACACACACACAUACACAUACACACAUAUAAAAAAAUGUCCAGGACAGGAACAAACCAAGAUCAAUGCCUUGUUUAGGGAUAAACCCUUUAUUUUAACAUUUUCUCAAAAUGAUUAUUUCCACUGUCACAAAUAUAUAUUUUUGUAAUAUACCUAUGAGGUACUAAAAUUAUCAUUAAGAGAUAAAAACGUAUGAAUGAAAGUGGGUCUAGAGAAAAAUUGCAGAAAAAACCUGUAACCGCCCUUUAAAACGACUCAAAAAUAGCAAUUUGAUCAAUUUGACCCUGUAAAGACUUUGUUUUAUUAUCCAAUAGUAUUUUAAUGAAAGGCUAUGACAGAUGUCGGCUCAUUUACUUUUAUUUGAAAUAAAAAAGGGAGGAAUGUUUACUGUGAUUUCUGAGCCUGCAGUCUGACACCUGCCGAUUAUGUGUAGAAGGAAAAUCACGUUAUUACACUUGACACAAAAAACUUUGAGAGAGGUUAACUUUAUUUUCAGAGUCAUGGAGCAGUCCUACAUUUUGAGUAACUUGAACCUGAAACAGAGCAGCUAGUUUUUGCUUACAUGCAACUUUUCUCUUUCGAAAUUAGACAUCAGAUACAUCAGGGAACGAGUGCCAACCUGGACAGUAAGAUUGCAUACAUAACAUAAUGAAUAGUCCCAAAAAAAGACACAUUAAAACACGCUCACACACAUACAAAUGACAACAGCACCCA